GGAGUGGGAGUUUUUUUCCGUGGUUUUGUGUAGUAGUGGUUUGUAUGUAAAAAUGAAGAAAUAGCGUAUUAAAGGUUGUAUUGUGUCCAACUCGCGGGUUAUCUACCUCAUUUUUCUGUUCGCCCAAUUCGAUCGUGCUUAGUUAAAAUGUCGGGUGAUCACAAAACAUUGAUAAAAGGCAGUCCAUCACAGUAUGUAAAGCUGAAUGUGGGCGGUACUCUUUUUUAUACAACUAUUGGCACUCUCACCAAGAGUGACAAUAUGUUGAGAACAAUGUUCAGUGGCAGGAUGGAGGUGCUGACUGAUUCUGAAGGGUGGAUAUUAAUUGACCGCUGCGGGAAGCACUUUGGCACAAUCUUAAACUACCUCCGUGAUGGCACAGUGGCUUUGCCAGACAACUAUCGUGAUAUCAACGAGCUUCUGGCAGAAGCCAAAUAUUUUCUUAUUGAAGAGUUGACAGAGUCCUGUCAGCAAGCUCUAGCCAAAAAGGAAAGAGAUGCAGAGCCAAUCUGUAGAGUACCUUUGAUAACUUCUCAAAAGGAAGAGCAGUUGCUCAUUAUGGCAACUGCAAAACCUGUGGUUAAGCUGCUGAUCAACCGGCACAACAACAAAUACUCAUACACAAGCACAUCUGAUGACAACUUGUUGAAGAACAUUGAAUUGUUUGACAAACUGUCAUUACGCUUUAGUGGACGGGUGCUGUUCAUAAAAGAUGUAAUUGGAUCUAAUGAGAUUUGCUGUUGGUCCUUUUUUGGCCAUGGCAAAAAAUGUGCUGAAGUUUGCUGCACUUCUAUUGUGUAUGCCACUGAUAAAAAACAUACCAAAGUUGAGUUUCCUGAGGCUAGAAUUUAUGAGGAGACUUUGGGCAUAUUACUAUAUGAGAGCCGAAAUGGCCCUGAUCAAGAUUUGAUUCAAGCAACGUCAUCACGUGGUGCUGUUGGUGGCCUUUCGUGCACCAGUGAUGAGGAAGAGGAGCGCUCUGGACUUGCGCGACUUCGUUCCAACAAACAGAACAAUCAAUCUUAGCUGUUACAGUCCGGCUUGGCACGCCUCAGAAACUCUAAGCGAACAAAUGUCUGAUACAGAGCUGGUUCAAUUCUGUCAUUUUGCUGGCUGCCUUGCUUCGGUCUGUAGAAUUUUCUGAGCUGUAGCCCUGUCUCUGUGAUGUUGUCUGUGGUGAGCUCUCUCAUGAACAAACAUUGAAGGUAUGUAAUGUGGAGGCAUUGUGGUUCAAGUGAAAAAUUUUAAGGACAUCUUUUCAUAAAUGUUUAUGUGUUUACAUAUCCGUUCUGUGUAUAUUGGAGUAAAGUAGACAUAACAAAGAGAAACCUAGAAAAGAAAAUAGUAUAGAGUACCUAUAUCACAAAUGUAAUUGUACAAAGUAUUGUCACAUAUCCUUGUAAAUCCCAUAGAUGGAUGUAAUUCUGUAUUUGAAAUUUGUUUAGUAUACAAUUCAAUGUUAUAAUACCAAACUUACAGUAUUUAUUAUUGAUGUUCCCUCUUGAUGUGUGUAGUAAAGUGGAAAUGAAAGAGCAACUUCUCUUCUCCAUGGAUGUUUAAAUUUCAAUUAUAUCUGUGUCUGUAAACUCUGUAAGUGUAUAAUAGAAUAUUUAGUAAACUUAUAAGAAUUAUAAAUAUACAUGUACAAGCUUUGAAAUAUUUUAAUGUUACUAUAAAAAUUACUUACAUCGCUCAAGUAAUUGCCAAAUCAGUGUUGUUUGUUAGCUAGAGUAAGAUCUUGUUCCUGACAUUUUUGUGAAAGCUCACCAUUAUGAUUAUUGUGAUUUACUGCCACUGCUACAAUUUAAGUAUAAGAGACAUUUUCAAAUCUUAAUCUAAUGGACUAUGUUGUACAUAGUAAUGCUUUAUAAAAAUAGAUUUUCUUAGAUAACAUAGUAAAAAUUAGUUAGAUUGUGAAACAGUCUAGUCUGAUAUUUAUUAUUUAAAGUUUAUUCAUUCAAUUUAAUUCACGAUGCAGGGACAGUUUGGAGGCUAUUCGAUUCAGUAUAAAACUAGUUGAUAUGUCUUAUAUCAAUGUUGUAUUUGUCAGAAUUAAAUUUACAAUAAUAAGUGUAGAAAAGUAUACAAGUAUUUUUGAAAUGGUGUAACAUUUAACAUUAAUUUAGAAGUGAUUUAUAUUUUUGUUUUGGGUUCUGUAAUAUUCCACAUUUAAACAAAUGCAGUCUUAUAUCAUUUUAAGUUAUUAUUGUAAGAUGCCAUAGUCGUUUAAUUUCAUCUUAG